AAGACAGAGGUGGAGGAUGGGAUGGAGACGCACAUCUGCCAGGUCCACGGCUUCUACCCCAGGGAGAUCGAUGCCUUCUGGACGAGGGACGGGGAGGUCUGGCUGCAGGACACCCUCCAUAAGUCUGUGGCCCCCAACGCGGAUGGGACCUACCACUACUGGCUCAGCAUCCGGAUCGACCCCAAAGAGAGGAGCCGCUAUCGGUGCCACGUGCAGCACGACAGCCUGCAGGAGCCUCUGGACCUGGCCCUGGAAGAACCAGCCAAUUCAACGCCCAAUCUGGGGCUCAUCAUCGGCUGCAUUUUUGGUGGUGGUCUUGCCCUGGUGUGUGUGAUUCUUGGGAUCGUGAAAUUUUAUAACGGGCAUCGAAAAGGCUACAGAGCAGCAGGAAAUGUAUGA